AUGGAAGCUCGUGAGGCAGCAGCACAACAGGAUGACACGGAGGUACCGGACGCCAACGCUGCACCGGAUCUCGUUUUGCCUUCGACUCGUCGUCCCAAGCGCAGGGCUAGUUCAGUGUCAUCUCAAUCGGAUUCAGCCACCACUGGAUCUGGCAAGGAACGCAAGAAGUCUCGACCUGGUGAUGAACGCAAGAAGUCUCCACUCGCUCGCAAGGAGAUGAAAGAUCUUACUCCUGAAGAGCUGACCGUGAUCGAGGAACCGGGUCGAGGCAUCACUUCGUGGUACCACAAGGGCAUCCUGACCACUUUUGCACCCAGUACGACUUACGCCGUCUACCAGUCCGCAGGUUUCCCUGACUACGCACCGAACCACAACGGCGGGACGGGGCCACUCAAGGAUCGCUUCAAUGUGGACGAGUACCGGGCGAUCAUGGAGACCCGACCGGGCGAGCGGAUGUACAAACGUCGUGUCAUCAACCUCCUCUUCCACAAGCGUUACGCCUUGGGAGUGAAGGUCCACGUCGUGCUGACCAAGAUCGUGAAGUUCAUGAAGGACAACGCGCUGGUCAUCUGGUACGCGGGACACUGGGUGACGUAUCCAGAGGACUCGUCGUAUGGGGUGAAGGAGAAAAAGAAACGCAAGGGUCUGCAUGAUCCUGUCAUCAAGAAAUACGCCGAGUUGAUCACCGAACUUCUGAAAGCAGGAGCCCCGAAGACGAUUCUGUACGAGCCGGGCAUCUGGGUAUAUCCUGCGAAGGUCUGUCCCUGGAUCCUGUUUGACAAGUCCGAGAAGAAACCGGAUGGGAAGCCGUACACGAUGGCCGAGCAGCUCGAAAUCCUGGAUCGCGAAGAACCGGCUCGCAUCCAGUGGACAGGGUGGACCCUCGAUAGGAUCAUCGCGGAUCGUCCGGCGCACAUCCGGAAAAUGCUGCUGUCUCCCGAUGAGCGUGCCAACAACUGGGUCUGCGCUGAUCACCGUAGCUAG